GGAGUAACAGCUUAACACUUAACAGUGUCGUCUAGCAGAGCCCUAACGAAAGGUUUCUCGUUUUUACCCCAAAAGCUCUCUGGAACAAAACCCUAAUCUCACUCGACCCCAGAGAGAGAGGGUGGGUGGGUGUCUGUCCACUGCUCAAGACAUAGAGCUCGGGAAAGCUUGAGAGGCAGAGAGAGGGAGGAGAGAUGGACGCCAUGAGGAAGCAGCUGGAUGUGCUCAUGGGAGCCAAUCGAAACGGCGACGUUAGGGAGGUGAAUCGUAAGUACUACGAUCGUGAUGUGUGUCGCAUGUACCUAGUUGGCCUUUGCCCCCAUGAGCUCUUCCAAUUAACGAAAAUGGAUAUGGGGCCAUGUCCUAAGGUCCAUUCCCUGCAGCUGAGGAAAGAAUAUGAAGAGGCAAGGGCAAAAGGUGUUGAUAACUAUGACAGAGAGUUGGAGGAUGUUAUAGAUCGGCUCAUUGUUGAGUGUGAUAAAAAAAUCAGCAGAGCUCUUAAGCGUCUUGAGGCUGAGGAUGCAAAGGCUGCUAUUGCAAUAUCAGUUUCUGAGGUCACACAGUCGCCAGAGAUAAUUGAGUUAUCAAAGCAGAUCAAGGAGAAAUUGAAAGAAGCUGAUAAAUAUGAUCUUGAAGGAAAGACAGAUUUUAAGAUUCAAGCUAUGGAAGAGGUGGAAAAACUCAGAAGUGAAAGAGCAGAGAAGCAGUCUGCACUGCUUUUGGAAGCCUUCAACAAAGAUAGGGCAUCUUUGCCUCAACCCUUGCCAAACCCGCCUCCAUUGGCACCCCUGCCUGUAGCUGCUCCUGAUCCUCGUACCCAGGAAAUGAUUAACGAAAAGCUGAAGAAGGCAGAGGAUCUUGGUGAGCAAGGAAUGGUAGAUGAGGCUCAGAAGGCUUUGGAAGAGGCUGAGGCACUUAAGAAGCUUCCUGCAAGGCAAGAGCCUGCACUGGAUUCCUCCAAGUAUACUGCUGCUGAUGUCCGCAUUACUGAUCAGAAGUUACGUGUUUGUGACAUUUGUGGCGCUUUUUUGAGUGUAUAUGACAGUGAUCGGCGUUUAGCAGACCAUUUUGGAGGGAAGCUUCAUCUAGGCUAUAUGCAAAUCCGUGAGAAACUCACAGAGCUUCAGGAAGAGAGAAACAAGCUACUCAAAGGUGAUCGGCAUGAUGAUCGAAGAUCAAAAGAGCGAAGCAGAGAUCGUGAAAGGGAACCUAACAAGGAUAGGGAUCAAGGAGAUAGUCAUGACCGGGAGAGGGAUUAUGAUCGUAGGAGCAGAGAUCGUGACAGGCAUUAUGAUCGAGAUCGUGGAUAUGAUAGGGACCGUGAUAGAGAUCGCUCCCGAAGUUAUGAUUCAAGAAGUCGCCAUAGAUCGCGCUCUCGAUCUAGAGAACGUUCUAGGGAUUAUGAUCGUCACAGGCGACAUGAUCGGUACUAGGACUGUUGCGGUCGAGUGUUUUGGGUACGGAAGUUUGCUGCUUUUUUAUUUUUUGUUUUAUAAGAAAAAAAAAAAAGAAAAAGAAAAAAGAAACCUCUAGGUCAAUGAACUUGUGGAGUAAAGAAUGAUGUUAUGUAGUAGUUACUGAUAUUUUAGUGGAAUUUGAUGAGUACGUGGCUUUGGUAUUUUGGGUGAAGGCAUGCCAAACUGCAUCAUAGAUUUUCUCGAGAUUUGUAUGUUUAAGAGGUAGGCUUUGCAAUA